AUGUGGCGGAGGCAGGCCAACUUCAGCAUCGGCGGGGCUGGGAGGCCGCGGGCCGCCGCCGCCGCCGCUGCCGUCAUCGGCUUCCCCGAGGCGGAGCCCGGCGCCGAGCCGCCCUUCGACGUACUCUGUAAAACAUUUACUCAGAUGGGCUUGCUUUCCGAUUUCGCCGUUUGUGAAGAAUUCAGCAGUUUGCGACUGCAGCAUAAUCGAGCCAUUACUGAACUAAUGAAAGCAGCCAACAAGCAAAUAGACAAUGAGGAAGUUGGUCCUGGUGAUUCCUACGCAAACAGGGAGAACGAAAUCCUCUUCGAAGCGCAGACAUCCCGUUAUGUUAACGAAUUUGAUGAGAUUUCACGGCUUGGGAAAGGAGGGUAUGGAACAGUAUAUAAGGUCAGAAAUAAACUCGAUGGCCAAUUCUACGCGAUUAAAAAAAUCCUGAUUAAGAAAGCCACCAAGCGGGACUGCAUGAAGGUCCUACGGGAAGUGAAAGUCUUGGCUCAGCUGCAGCAUCCUCACAUUGUAGGUUACCACACGGCUUGGAUGGAACACGUUCAGCCAGCCUGUCCAAAAGGGGAGCAUAUUUGUGGCUUAGGCUUGGAUCUUCCGUCUCUCAAAAUGUCUUCGGAGCCAGGAGAUUCCGAGGACCAGAGUUGCAUUCAAGAAAUGGAAGACAGUUCCAUUAUCUUUGCCAGUCGGAGCCCGGAGGAUUCCCUGGGCAGAAAUUCUAAAGGAAGUGAAGGGAAUGUUUGCACAUUUCCUCCUGGGACAUAUGGCAGGAGUGGGGAAAAUGACACGAGCCACGACUUAAGGGACAGUGGAAAUCAGUCCUCGGUCCUACGUUGCUGCACUGAAAAUGGGGAUUCUUGCACCGAUGAAGAUGCCCAAAACGAGAGACCUUCUCACCAGCCUUGUGUGGUUGAAUAUCACCUGAUGCUUCACAUCCAAAUGCAACUGUGCGAAGCCUCUUUGUGUGACUGGAUUGCCAGCAGAAAUGACGUGUGUCUGAAAGCAACGGAUGCCUCUAAUCCUUAUCAUCAUAUUGAGAAACACUGGACCUUGAAGAUUUUCCAGGAGCUGCUAGAAGGCGUGUACUAUAUCCACAGUAAUGGGGUCAUGCACCGGGACAUUAAACCCCGGAAUAUCUUUCUCCAAGGACCUAACCACCAUGUGAAAAUAGGGGACUUUGGGUUAGCCUGUAGAGAUAUUAUAGAGGAAGAUACCACCCACCUGCUAAGCGCAGAGAAUAAUUAUGCAUUCAUCCAUACCUCUGGAGUAGGCACUUGCCUGUAUGCUUCUCCUGAACAGCUCCAAGGCUCUCAUUAUGAUUUCAAGUCGGAUAUGUACAGUUUGGGUGUCAUCCUGUUUGAACUCUUCCAGCCGUUUGGAACGGAAAUGGAGAGAACGGAAGUUCUGAUGGGCUUAAGACAGGGCACCCUCCCGUUCUCUUUUUCUGGGAAGUGGCCUAUACAGGCCAAAUACGUGAAAUUACUGACCAGCGACACAUCCUCGCGUAGACCCACAGCCCUUCAGCUGCUGGACAGCGAACUCUUCCAUAAUUCGGCAAAUGUGAUUUGUGCUCUUCAGCAGAAAGUGAUGAAGCAAGAAGAAGAAAUCAAACUGCUUAAAGAAAAAAUUAAGCUGCUGUUAGAAGAGAGGGACGAAAGAGACAGAAUCAAGCCCCUCGGAUCUCCUGUUUAAAUGAACCAAAAGUAUUUGUCGUCGUAUUAACUUUUAAAUUGUC